GGUGGCGUUUCCGGCCGCGGUCGCUGUCCAGGGAGGCUGAGGCAAGAGGGAGCUGUCCGGGUGGGAAGCGAACACUUAAAUGUUCUUGCACUUCCUCGUCCACUGCGCGAGGGGAGAGAGGGGGGGGACAGUAGGUGGGACCCCCGUCCCCCUCUAUCCCCCGCCCAGGGCCCAUGGACCGGGAGGAGGCGGAGUCCGCCGAGAGCUGGGGCCCCGCUAUGUGGCCCUGAGCCCCCGUGUACUGGUUCCAUCUCUCUGGAAGGCCAUGGAGAAGAGACUGGGAGUCAAGCCAAGUCCUGCUUCCUGGAUUCUCUCAGGAUCUUGUUGGCAGACAUCAGUGAGACAGUUGAGAAGCUUGUACCUGUUUUCUAUUUGCUUCUGCUUCAGUGCUCUGUGGCUGACAACAGGUGCAGCUGAAAGCAGGUGCCAGCAGGGGAAGACACAAUUUGGAGUUGGCCUGAGAACUGGGGGAGAAAAUCACCUUCGACUUCUUAAAGGAACCCCUUCUCUCCAGUCGUGUUGGGCAGCCUGUUGCCAGGACUCUACUUGCCAUGCCCUUUGGUGGCUAGAAGGAAUGUGCUUUCAGGCAAACUGCAGCAAGCCCCAGAGCUGCCAGCCUUUUAGGACAGACUCUCCCAAUUCCAUGUUGAUAUUUUUAAAGAACUCCCAAAUUGCAGAUGAUUUGGGCUUAGCACCUGAAGAUGGUGUACCCUAUCAUCUGGGGCUAGGUUGGAGCAGAGUAUCCUGGGGGAAGCAGAGCCCACACAGACCUCCACUCAGACCUGCUGUAUCCACCAGUGACCAGCAGAGCUUACUCAGAAAUCGUCAAAAGAGGGAGAGUCCCAGUGAGGAAGUGGUUCCGCCUGUAGUGACCCAGCACUCUAAAGCAAAUCACUCCGGGGAGUUAGUUGCUGUGAGCGCCAAUGGCUCUGCAGAGGUCCACAAAGCAGUUAUAAUUUCCAGUCCACUAACCACAGACCUCGCUGCAGAGAUUCCCACCUGGCCAAAGAAUGUCUCAGCCCAGCCUGACACAUCUGAGGACCUCAGUCCGACGUCCACCACUCAUCAAGUCAAACGUCCUGGGGACAUCCAAACUGCCACCCCUCUUCCCGUGGCUCCCUCCUACAGCUAUGCUACUCCCACGCCCCAGGCCUCUUUCCAGAGCACCUUGGCACCAUACCCAGUCAUUAAGGAGCUUGUGGUGUCCGCUGGGAAGAGUGUCCAGAUGACCCUACCUAAGAAUGAAGUUCAGUUGAAUGCGUAUGUUCUCCCAGAAGCAGAGGAAGGAGAAACCUACACCUACGACUGGCAGCUGAUUACUCAUCCCAGAGACUACAGUGGAGAGAUGGAAGGGCAACAUUCCCAGAUCAUGAAACUCUCCAAGCUGACUCCAGGCCUCUAUGAAUUCAAGGUGAUUGUAGAUGGCCAGAAUGCCCAUGGGGAAGGCUAUGUGAACGUGACGGUGAAGCCAGAGCCCCGCAAGAAUCGGCCCCCAGUUGCUGUUGUGUCACCUCAGUUCCAGGAGAUCUCUCUGCCCACCACUUCUACGAUCAUUGACGGCAGCCAAAGCACCGAUGAUGAUAAAAUUGUCCAAUAUCACUGGGAGGAACUUAAGGGGCCUCUGAGAGAAGAGAAAAUAUCAGAAGAUACAGCCAUAUUAAGACUAAGUAAGCUCGUCCCUGGGAACUACACCUUCAGCUUAACUGUCGUAGACUCUGAUGGAGCCUCCAACUCUACCACCGCAAGCCUGACAGUGAACAAAGCUGUGGAUUAUCCCCCUGUGGCCAAUGCAGGCCCCAACCAAGUGAUCACCUUGCCUCAGAAUUCCAUCACCCUCUUUGGAAACCAGAGUACUGAUGAUCACGGCAUCACCAGCUACGAGUGGUCACUCAGUCCAAGCAGCAAGGGGAAGGUGGUAGAGAUGCAGGGAGUUAGAACACCGACCCUGCAGCUCUCUGCAAUGCAAGAAGGAGACUAUACCUACCAGCUCACAGUGACGGACACGAUAGGACAGCAGGCCACCGCUCAAGUGACUGUGAUUGUACAGCCUGAGAACAACAAGCCUCCUCAGGCAGAUGCAGGCCCGGACAAAGAGCUGACGCUGCCUGUGGACAGCACCACCUUGGACGGCAGUAAGAGCUCAGACGACCAGAGGAUCACCUCCUACCUCUGGGAGAAGACCCAAGGACCUGAUGGGGUGCAGCUGGAGAAUGCUAACAGCAGUGUCGCCACAGUGACCGGGCUGCAAGUGGGGACCUAUGUGUUUACCUUGACUGUGAAAGAUGAGAGGAACCUGCAGAGCCAGAGCUCUGUGAAUGUCAUUGUCAAAGAAGAAAUGAACAAACCACCAGUAGCCAAAAUAACUGGAAAUGUGAUGAUUACCUUGCCCACGAGCACAGCAGAGUUGGAUGGCUCCAAGUCCUCAGAUGACAAAGGGAUAGUCAGCUACCUAUGGACUCGAGAUGAGGCCAGCCCGGCCGCCGGGGAGGUGCUGAAUCACUCCGACCAUCACCCUGUCCUCUUUCUUUCCAACCUGGUUGAGGGAACCUACACAUUUCACCUGAAAGUGACCGAUGCAAAGGGUGAGAGUGACACAGACCGGACUACUGUGGAGGUGAAACCUGAUCCCAGGAAAAACAACCUGGUGGAGAUCAUCUUGGAUGUCAACGUCAGUCAGCUAACCGAGAGGCUGAAGGGGAUGUUCAUCCGCCAGAUUGGGGUCCUCCUGGGGGUGUUGGAUUCCGACAUCAUUGUGCAAAAGAUUCAGCCGUACACAGAGCAGAGUACCAAGAUGGUCUUUUUUGUUCAAAACGAGCCUCCCCACCAGAUCUUCAAAGGCCAUGAGGUAGCAGCAAUGCUCAGGAGCGAGCUGCGGAAGCAAAAGGCCGACUUCCUGGUAUUUGGAGCCCUGGAGAUCAGCACAGUCACAUGUCAGCUAAACUGUUCUGACCAUGGCCACUGUGAUUCAUUCACCAAGCGAUGUGUCUGCGACCCUUUCUGGAUGGAGAAUUUCAUCAAGGUGCAGCUGAGGGAUGGAGACAGCAACUGUGAGUGGAGUGUACUCUAUGUUAUCAUUGCUACCUUCGUCAUUGUUGUUGCCUCGGGAAUCCUGUCUUGGACAGUGAUCUGUUGUUGCAAGAGGCAAAAAGGAAAACCAAAGAGGAAAAGCAGGUACAAGAUCCUGGAUGCCACAGACCAGGAAAGCCUGGAGCUGAAGCCGACCUCCCGAGCAGGCAUCAAGCAGAAAGGCCCCAUGCUGAGCAGUAGCCUGAUGCACUCAGAGUCAGAACUGGACAGCGAUGACGCCAUCUUCACGUGGCCAGAUCGAGAGAAAGGCAAACUCCUGCAUGGUCAGAAUGGCUCUGUGCCCAAUGGGCAAACCCCAUUGAAGUCCAGGAGCCCACGGGAGGAGAUUUUGUAGCCCUCUGGUCUGUCCCCUCAGAGUAUGGGUUGGCAGUGCCAGAGCCCAGAGCACCUCCAAGCUGGUUCCCUGCCUCCCGGGUGUGCGGGCAGCUGCUCUCCCAGCAUGUGCUGGUCACUCCAUCCCAACAGCUCCCUCCUGAAUUGCUGGUACUUGAAUCCACAGACUCUGCAGGAACCCGUGAACGAAGCUGUGAAUGAAGAGGUUUCUUCUUUAGUCCUGUUGGUAGGCCCCCAAAAUAUUCCCACCUCAGGGCCUCCAGUUUUGCACACCUCUCCCUUCCCCCAGCCAAAGGGUUAGACACAGCAGCCUCUGGUCUGUCAUCCGGGCUGUAACAGUGCUGCUGGGUCCAGAGCUCUCCAAGGCCGCCCUGAUUCCAGGGCUCUGGCGCUGAGCACGUACUUUAUUUCCUGUCUGGGACAGCGCAGCCCUGGGUGAGACCAAGAGGAAUCCCCGUCACUACUGACGCUGGCAUGGUACUGUAGAAAUGCUGUCUGGCCCCUAACACUGGAGCCCACUUACCAACUGGCUGUUUCAGGGAUGCAGGACGGGCCAGGGAGCUGGGGAUUGCUGGCUAUGGGGGACGAUAUGUGAAAAGCACCCAGCAGGAUGCAGUUGCCCCCCCCACCCCCCCGCCUUUCUCUGACCAGCAUCUGCUGCUGCAGGCUCAGGCCACCACUCCAUGUCCCCAGAAGAGACAGCCACACAGACUGGAAUGUUGUGGCAUGAGAGGGCAUGGGUGUGACUGCUUUACUGUGGGUGGUCUCCUCCCCGGCCCUCCACUGGUGUCUUUUCUCGGGGUCUCUUGCACAUGUGGGCAUUGAGUUAGCACGUGCACAAAAGUUCCUCCCAGGGCUCUUGGCUGCUCACAAGGCAACUCUGACUUGGAGACUUUCAGCUCCUUGAAGACUUCUGAAUCCCUCGGGCCCUGCCACUGAUAACCUGCCACGGUAUCCGGUGAUUUGAGGACUGGAGCUUUGAGGGAGUAACUUUUUAAGCAGAUUUACAAUUUGUACUACUAUACUACUGUCUGUUGUGAGAUGAUUAAACAUGCUAUUUAAUGGUG